UUCAAAUGGUUAAGUAGACUUCCUUUCUCUUUCUCUGUUGAGCAGCAGAUGUAGCUGAUGAUAAAAAGCUGCGAAUUGGGUUGCACCCCAUUUCAUAUCAUCAGUGUGAAACAUACGUCUGCUGGAGCAAAAUAAUCUACUAUGGCUCCGAAGUACGCCCCAAGUUUGCGUUCUCGUUUGGCUCCUUUGUUGCUUUCCUUGCAGAUGGGCUUUAUUGUUGUGUAUUACUUUUGUGUUGAGAUUGAAAACAAUAUGAAUGGGAAUACAUUCAGCAAUGUUUACCCAGUGUUCCAGGAUUUGAAUGUGAUUGUCUUUUUGGGUUUUGGCUUCUUGAGCACUUUUUUAGUACGGUAUGGUUUCAGUGGUUCAGGGUUCAACCUUCUUAUAGCUGUCCUGGCCAUCCAGUGGGGCCUCAUUCUCGAUGGCAUUGAGUCCUGGUAUUACCGAGGGAUGAUUCGGAUUGACCUGAGAAGUUUGGUGGUUGCUGAGAUGUGCACAGCCUCUGUUCUUAUCUCAAUCGGGGCUGUGCAAGGCAAAACAAAUCCCGUCCACCUAAUUCUCAUGGCCCUGAUAGAGGUUUUUGCCUUUGUCCUGAAUGAGUGGCUCCUGCUGACCUUGCUUCUGGUCCAGCCUUUGGACUCAAUCAUGGUGCUUCACAUCUUUGGAACUUUCUUUGGUCUCACGGUGACGUGGAUUCUCUAUCGGAAAGAAGCAGAACGAGGGUUCGAGAAAGAAAAAUUUGACAGCAAAACAGGAUUGUUCUCCAUGUUAGGUACUGUGUUUCUUUGGUUGUUCUGGCCAAGUUUUAAUUCUAUCCUCGUGGAUCAUCACUUUCCCGAGAGGAGGUUGGGGGCAGUGUGCAGCACCUACCUGGCCCUGGCUGUCAGUGCUGUAGUGUCUGUUGCUGUUUCUGCACUUUCAAGCUCAAAGGGAAAAGUCAAUCCAGUCAAUUUUCAGUCAUGUGUACUUGCUGGCGGUGUUGCUGUCGGGGUUUCCAUGUCAGCGAUACGUUACCCAUGGGAGGCCAUGACAAUUGGACUGACAGCUGCUGGUGUGUCAACCAUUGGAUUCCGAUACCUCAAGAACCACAUGCUGUUUGCCUUUGAGUGCCAUGACACCUGCAACGUUCUGAGCACACAUGGACUCCCUGGUCUACUGGGUUGGCUGACACAGCUCCUCCUGCAGAUUAAACAGUGUGAUGAUCACACAGCGGCAAUCCGGUAUGCCGUAUUUCAUAUUUGUGUUCUCUUCAUCACAGUAACUGUAAGUGUGACCAUGGGGAUCAUAACAGGGGUAAUACUUAAGUGGGACAUCUGGAGACCCCCCCAAGAUAAAAAAUGUUUUGAUGAUCAGGGUUUCUGGAAGUUUGAACAUCUUGCAGUUCGCAAGUAAUCUGAGGAGUGCCUGGAAGCCAUGUUCCCUCUAAACUGCGCAACUGCGCAUUUGCACACAUGUCGCACUCUCUCAGCGCAGAGGAAAACAGAUCCAGCGCAGAGAACUCCAGCCUGACGUUUUUUUUUUUUUUUUUUUUUAAACAAGGCAGCACACUGCCUCUCACAACUAGCUACUGGUAGGUCACACCUGGCCACACACCUACUUCCUUGUUUACUUGCCACCGCCCCCCUCCAUUUUAAAGGGGUACACUCAAAAUUACAAACACCCGGGUAUGUGAAAAACAGAAGAAAAAAUGGUGAAACUGGACGAGAUUUUCUCUUUUUGGGGUAAAAAAGGUCUGGUCUGAAGCCAAAAUAUAAAGUGCAGGAUGAGAUGGUGUAUGUUAAAAUUCCACCUUUGCACAGCCUGAUCAAGGAUGAAAGCACAGAUGAUAAAGUGCACUAAAAGCUAAUUAUGUAUUUUAAAUAUAGGAGGCAACAUAGCAGCAACCCUAAAACUGUGUGGGAGCAUCAUUCAGCUUUCAACAUGCAUUGUGAAAGAUAUUCUGCAAUAAUUCAAUUUUACACCAAGAAAAACACACGAGUAUAUCAUUGUGUUUUAAAAAAACUUGGAUGCAACAUUUCAAAUCUAUAGUUAAUAGUUGGCUUGCUAUGUACUUGUAUUGUAAUGUUUGUUGACACUGGAU